UUCAUUUCCUGUCAACAAUUAGUAACAAUUACAUACGCCCGACGAUUUGCCUUUUUUCAAUUUCUCGGUUCUCAUUUAUUUGUAUCGUUUCAUGUACGUAAGUCUGCUGCAACACCAUCGCAUCGUUUCGCAGUCUAUUAAUCGAAUACAAAAUCCAAAAUAAUGGUUUGUGUUCCAUGUGUACUUGUGCCAUUGUUACUCUUUUUAUGGGGCAUAAUCAAACCUAUGUUGAAUUGGUUCAGGACACCAGUCAAAAAUGCUGAAAAUCAAAGUAAAACUGAUGAAGAUCAAAUCUGCUCCAUGUUAUCAUCCUGCCCUUGUUAUUAUAAGAACAAGUCAGUACCUGAUGACAAAAUAGAUGAAUCAAAAGAUGGUGAAACCUUACAAAAAACACCACUUGAAGUAUUGGAAAUUGAUAAAAAGAAUAUUUAAAUAUAUACUAAAGACAUCAUUAAUUUUAAGACACCAAAUGGUACACAAAUAUUAUAUCU